AGUCAGCUAUCGCUGAGUGACUGCGGAAGUGAGUUAAGACGGCCACAGGUCACUGACAUAUCAGUGCAGUGUGGUACUUCAUCCAUUGGUCUGGCAAUUCAAAUCUGCCCUGUCGUCUACACUGGCUACAAUGAGACUCUGCUCAUCCUGAACCAUAUGAUGGAACCGGCCUGUAGAGCAACCAUCGAUGAAUCUGUGACUCCACCUGUUGCUCGCUUUAACUUCCCACUCAAUAUGACCCAUUCCUGUGGAAGCACGUUCAGGACCACCAGUGCUGCUGGAACAGGUAUAUUCUCAGACUUCUCCAACAUCCAGACGGUCAACAUCAGCGGUGUGGUUCGCUCCAUUGAUCCCACAACAGGAACCAUCACUUACAAUGCUGAGCUGAAGUACUACUACUCCUGCGCUUAUCCCUUAGAAUAUCUGAUCAACAACACCCAGAUCGAUGUGUCUGCUUCCUCCAUUGCGAUUAAGGACAACAACGGGAGUUUCAUCAGCACCUUGAACAUGGAGCUGUACAGUGAUGCCAACUACACGCAACAGCUGGUCAUGCCAUCGCUUGGGAUCGAGUUGAGGACCAGUGUGUAUGUUGAGGUCAAGGCCACAAACUUGACAGGGCAGUACCACGUCCUGCUCGACCGAUGCUAUGCCUCUAUCUCCCGGCUGCCUUCCAACUCUAGCUUCUUCAACCUGUUUGUCCCAUGUUCAAGAGAUCAGUUCACCACCAUGAUUGAGAACGGAGACAGCCAGACCGCCCGCUUCCGCUUCCCAGCCUUUCGGUUCAUCGAGCAGCAGAACGAGACCGUGUCCACCUACUACCUGCACUGUAUUACCCGGCUGUGUGAAAAGAGCACUUGCAGCACCUUCAAGCAGUGCAGCAACAGAAGGAAGAGGAGCACCCUGGAUACCACCUCGCUGAGCGCAGACCAGACCUACACCAUCUCUUCUCCGGAAAUCAUCACCAAAACCGAGAGCACCGAGUCCAAAGAGAAACCUCUUGUGGCCGAAGAAAAAGACGGAUCAUCUGUGGGACUCGGUGCGGCUGUUGGGGUCCUUGCCUUUGUUUGCUUUAUUGCUCUUUGUGUUGCAGCAUUGUUUUACAAAAAGCUCAGGAACUAA